CGUAUAAAUAGGCCGAGCCGUCGUAUAAUACGACACACAUGCAACAUGAAAAUGUUAUUCGCAGUUGUUGCUAUCUUGCUCGUCGCGAGCGUCCAAAGUGUAGAAUUUCAAAUCAAGAAUAAUUUGCCCGGUCCAAUUUGGGUGGGAAUUUUGGGUAACAAUGGAAAACCUCCACUGGCAAACGGUGGAUUUGUGCUGAACCAGAACGAACAGAAAUCCGUGCAUUCCGAUGAGAGAUGGGCUGGGAGGUUUUGGGCCAGGACCUGGUGCAACCCGAAUUCGAGGCAUUGCGAGACUGGGGAUUGCGGUAACAGACUGGAGUGCAACGGGGCCGGAGGUGUGCCUCCUGUGACGUUGGCGGAGAUCACUCUGCGUGGUCACGAAGGACAAGAUUUCUACGACAUCUCUUUGGUGGAUGGGUUCAACGUAGUUGCAAAGAUCCAACCUCUGGGAGGCCGAGGAAGUUGCAGGACGGUCGGAUGUAAUCGCGACUUGAACCCUAACUGCCCGGGUCCGCUGAGGCUAACAGGUUCUGCAGGCUACACCAUCGCCUGUUACAGUGCCUGCUCCAAGUUCAAUACAGACCAGUACUGCUGCAGAGGACAGUUCGGACAACCGCAGUCCUGCAAUCCUGCAACCUGGCAAUCCAAUUCCGCCUCGUACUUCAAAUCCAACUGCCCUGACGCUUACUCCUACGCCUACGACGAUGCUACAAGCACCUUCACCUGCGUCGCAAAUGCUUACAGAGUCACCUUUGGUUAAACAACCGAAAACAUAUGACUUAAUACUUUCCAAUAAACAUUUUUUUUAAGUGUAGAUAAACUA